AUGUACUCAAGGAGCUAUUUGUGCGAGGACGAUGAGUGGGGGGUGGAGGGAGAAGGAAUGCCUUUUGAGAUCACAGGAGAGGGAAGAAAAGGAAGCAAAAUUCCACGUGAAGAUGGUAAAAUUGGAGGUGAAGAAGUGAAUGGCGGAGAUUUCUUUUUUCACCAUUCAGAAGGUAGUCAUGGGAAGGCGCCCCACUUAGGCAGCAGUGGAAAUGUAUCAUCCGGAAGUGAAGCCAAAUUGGUAAGAGGCAGCAGGAAGCAGAGCCUUCCGCGGGGGGAAGACCACAAUGCUAGGCGUCACGUCUCUAUGCGGCACGCUUCUGUGCGGAAGGGCUCUAUGCAGGGAUCCUCCAUGCAGGGAGCCUCCAUGCAGGGUACGUCUAUGCAGGGUACGUCUAUCCAGGGUGACCCCGUGAGUAGCCCCAUCGAGCGGAACUCCCCGGACAGCGCCCUCUGGUUCGACUCAAAUGAGAGUAUCCUAUCCCAGGGGGGUAGAAAAACAAAAGAGAAACAGAAGGGGGAACGGAUUAACCAAACAGUCAACCACGCAACGGAUGUGUUAAGCAAAGAUCUCGGACAACGACUGAAUCAAGUGAAAGCCAAAAUUAAUUCAGCCUUCGAUCUGUGGGAGAGUAGCAACCCUUUGGGUCACCCAGAGGGAAAGAUGCAGCAACUGGAAGAGGACCUCCUUCUAAAAAGGAAGACAAAUUUGUAUAACUACAAGUUUAGCUCUGGGGGGGAGGCCUCCAGCGAGGGCGACCGGCGUGGAGAUUGGGGCGAUCGCAGUCCGGUUGGCGGCUUCGGCGAUCUAAAUUCUGGCGGAAGCGCGCGAAGUGGGGGGGGAGCCUCGCGUGGCAGUCAUCCCCAAGGGGGGAAGCACAGAGAUGCGCCCUUGCACAACGAUGCCGCUUUACACAACGAUGCCUCUCUGCACAGCCUGGACAUGUGCCACGCGGAUGAUGUGAAUGCAGGGCGCAGCGAACCGUGCGAGGAGGACCCUGCGAACUGCAAGGAACCUCCUAGUGGGGCAGUCAGAACAAACAAGGAGAGUUGUCACGCCUAUACUAAACAGAAGAGGACGAAAGAGGCUGCCGCCUCGAGUGGAGGGAGGGGCCCCUCAAGUGCGCAUAGAAACCAAACAAAGAAGACUGCCUCUACUGGAAGUCUGCAUCAUAGCAAUAGGAGCAGCCACCAGAAUGGAAGCGCGCCAGGAUCGGUAAGCUCACUGAGGAGCCACCAGACGGACCAUCCCAAAGAGGAAGACGAAAAAAUAAUGCAGUCAAAAAAAGAAGCUGCUAAUGUUAGGGGUGCAAAUCUAUUAAUGAGAUCUGUAUCCACCACUUUAUCGGAGCGAUUGGGGAAGCCGAACACACAAACUAGCGUUAUAAUGAGCAGCGGCAGCGGCAACAGCAGGGGUGAUGAUCCGAGUGGGAAGCAAAGGCAUUUCCCCUCUGCCGACUCGAAGGAGGCCAGAGGAAAAGCCCACACCCAAAUGAAGAAGAAGAGGAGCAACAACAACAAUAAUAGCAGCAAUGACAUUAGCGGCAGCAACAUUAGAAGCAGCAGCAGAAGCAGUAACCGCCGCAACAACCGCCGCAACAACGACAAGCUCGUGUUUUCGUCGGAUGAUGAGGGACGUGUUCUCGACACCACGGCGGUCAGCGAGGAGAGUAAAUUUUUUCACGAAAUUAAGGCGUACCUCAAUUAUAAGAGCGGGGUGGGAGCAGAAGACGAGGGGGACGCGACCCACACUGAUGAGGCGGCUUACUUAGAUGACGCAUCUGCGGGAAUUGUAACCCAGAGGGGCGACAAUAACCCCCUCGAGUGGGACAUCCACUUGAGGCCAUCCGAAAGAGUGGCCAAACGGAGAAGCGCCUCUAGGAAGAAGCAGCCCACCAGGCAGUCAUCGUCACUCGAGGGGGAGGCGGUACCGAAAGGGGGUACCCCUAGCAGCAACGGAAGCAACGGAAGCAACGGAAGCAACGGCAGCAUCGGCAACAGCGGAAGCAGCGGCGAUGCAGUGCCAAAGUCUAUCCCAAGGGAGAGGCCCCCCGACCUCACCUCUCACCAACGAAGUAGCGGUGGAAAGCGUGUGUCCCAAAAGGUGGAGCAGAAAUUCCAAAGGGGAAAGGAAGAAGAAGAAGAAGAAGAAGGUGAGCACAUCGGAAAACACCACAGCGAAGUGAACGCGCGGGGGGUGCAUCCCCUCAAGGGAUACAACACAAAGUUAACCCCAAGACGGGAAAAAGUCGAACGCAUCGCGGGGAUGAGCGACCUUUCGGAGGAGAGGGGGAAGAAGACGCUGCACUCAGGAGAUUAUUUAGAAAACAUCGGAAGGGAACGAACAGGGGAUCACUUCUCCCCCCGCCAUCAUGGGAUGGAGAGCCCCCCUUUGAUUGACCUUGCAUUGGAGGAGGAAACCAACCGACCUGAAUGCAGGGGGGUUGAUCCAAGUGCCGAUGUCAGAGAUGGGGGCAAGCACUCCAAGGAGAAGUUCGGCGGGAAGUCCAUCGAGAAGUCCAUCGAGAAGUCCAGCGACAAGUCCAGUGAGAAGUCCAGCGGGAAUGACGAGCACCCCGCUACAGAACUUGGCCGGAAGAGCCAUGGUAGCCGCUACUCCCUCGAAAGGGAAGAAAUCGGACGGGAGAGCGUAACGAAGGAGGUGGUGAUGGAAGAAGGGAAGAAGGACGACAAUACCCUAGACAGUUUCGACACAGAACAAAUGGAGCAGCACCCUCAUCGUAUCGAUAAAUGCGCCAACAGUGUGGGGAACAACGCAGUGGAGGUAUCUUCUCCGGUAGAGGAAAACGGGCUCAGGCUCAGAUUCCCCUUUCCACAGCGAGGAAAGAAAUUUAAAGACAUUUUCAUUUCGUUCAUUAAGAGGGGCGAUGCGGGGAGAGGUCAGGAGGAGGGUGAAACCCACGAGGAGGGUGGAAGCCAGGAAGAGGGUAGAAGCCAGGAAGAGGGUAGAAGUCAGGAAGAGGGUAGAAGCCAGGAGGGUGGGUCCAACGGACCACUGCCGCUUCAGCGCGCAAACCCGAAACAAGCGGGAGAAGCAGACGAAGGCGAGGAGUGGGAGGAAAAAAACACAAAAAUGGUAAAAGAAACGAGCGAACUCUCCUUGGAAGUCAACUCAGCUAGCAGAAAAAAGCCAAACACAUUAUACAAUAACUUCCUAGAGAGUCUGAAGCAUCCCUCUUGCAGACAUGUAAUAGACAAGGUAAGGACAUUCAUUCAGAGGUUCCCCAAAGAUGUAAGCAGAGAAGUGGCAGCAAACAGAAUCCAUGGCUUCAUAAAUGAGACACAACCGAUUCUUCUAAACUGUGACAUCUACAAAAAUGUGAACACAUACCAGGCAAAUGUUAUCAUUGAGGGGUAUGAGAAGUUUCUGUUGCAGAAGUUGCAUCCCUAUGUCUACAGAAUGGAGCCUAAGGACAAAGACGAAGACGAAAAAAUAUACACAAAGAUAAAUUGCUUGCAAUGGGUAGAACUGAAGCAUCUGGAGAUAGCGGAGGGCAUUCAAUUGGAUCGGUUAAACCAGGCACAGGCGGAACUCCUGCGAAUACAGAAGAUGAGGGCCCCAAAUGAUAAGCUCAUUAUGGUACUUAAUUGCUGCCGCAUCGUGACCUCUGCAGUUUACGCGGCGAAGAAGAGUUCGAGGCUCAAGCGGGGGGGGAAGGGACAAGGGAUGGACAAACGGAGCGAUGCAUUGAUUACCCAGGAGAACGCCGAGACGACCGUUGAAAGUGACGCAGAGGAGUUGCAGCGUGAUGGAGGUGAACGGGACGUUGCUGAAGCUGAACAGGAGAUCGCCAAACCUGAAAUGGACGUCGCCAAAGCCGAAUCGGAUGAUGACGAGCUGCUGCCUUGCGCAGAUGAAGUGCUCCCCGUGCUCAUCUACGUCAUUAUCAAGACCAACCCACCAGAGCUCAUUUCUAACAUCUCCUACAUUCAAAGCUUCAGACACCCGAACCAUUUCGUGUCAGAAGAAGCUUACUCCUUCACUCAAUUUUGCAGUGGUGUAGAGUUCAUUAAGGAACUCGGAAAGUCCACUUUCCUAAACAUCCCCGAAGAGGAAUACAAAGAAAAGGUGUCCCAGGCUGAGCAAUUCUACCUGGACGAAGUUAAAGAGAGCAACAAGAAGCUACAGGAAGCGGCGGGAAAACUCACCGAUUUCAUCAAACUCUCUAAUGAGAAGAAACUGUGUGUGAAUAUUAUCAACAAAAUAGAGGCUCUACAGUUGCGUUUCGAGGGGGAAGACAACUUCAACGCGCUGACCGUUUCGAAGUUGGCCGGCAUUUUCGAGGAGUACAAGCUGCUCGUGCGGCUGAAGAGGGAGAUUUUGCGCGACAUGCAAGAACAUGAGCAGGCGGUGAGUGGAGGUGGAAGUGGUGCAAAUGGUGCAAGUGGUGCAAGUGCUGCAAGUGGUGCAAAUGAUGGAAAUGAUGAAAAAUGA